CUUUCAAUAAAUACCAUCCCCGAAUAACUUGUUACUUUACAUUUUCCAAACUCAAGAUCAACUAAAACAACCUUUUUUCGUCUGAGACGAGACAAGAAACAUGGAUUUCCUCACCGACCAAGUAAAGAAGAAAUUCUCCGACAAGAAACCGGAAACUUCAGACCCUGACCCGAACCACAACAAUAACAGACCAGGCCACACCGUUCCAACACAUAAACCUGCUUCCAGCUCCGAUCCAACAAUGCAUAAGCCAGCUACAAACGCCGAGCUCAUGGCUAGCGCCAAGAUCGUAGCGGAGGCUGCUCAAGCCGCUUCUCGCAACGAGACAGACAAGCUCGACAAAGCUAAAGUCGCCGGAGCCACCGCCGACAUACUAGACGCAGCUCAAAGAUACGGCAAGCUUGAUGAAAAGAGUGGUGUUGGACAGUACCUCGAAAAGGCUGAAAAUUUUCUCCACAAGUACGAGUCUUCCCACUCUCACUCCUCUGGCGGUGCUGGCAGUCACGGUGGUGUCAGCGGAAGCCAUGGAGGAGGAGCUGGAGGACCGGCGGUUAAGAAAGAGGAUGAGAAGUCGGGAGGUGGCAGCCAUGGGUUAGGAGACUAUGCUAAGAUGGCUCAAGGUUUCAUGAAGUGAUUAAUGUUUAAUUAGUAGAUCAACAAAUAAAUAAUUAUGGUAGUGAUAUAUUAUCUUCCAUGGUUACUAUUAAAUAGGUCACGAACCCGUGCGAUAUCGC